UGCAACAUGAAUUCUAUAAGGCAGUUAUUUGUUUUCUCAAUCAGAAAUCCCGUUUUACAGUUUACUGUUAGCCGACAGUUAAGUAGAUACUUUCCUACUAUCAUUAGUCCACUUUCAAGACCACUAGACCAAACAUUCCCAAAUCAUCAGUGUAGAUGUCCAGUUUAUUCAAAUCUUCAGUCUCGAUCUUUUAUUACAAGACUCAGAGAAAAGUUAUUAUAUGGUAGAGGAAAAUUGAAAUACAGCAAAAAGCAUUUAAUGGUCAGUGGCACUAACCUGUAUUUUCUGUAUCGUAAACAAAUCAACAGCAUAGAUUUAAUGGAAGAAAUUGGUUUACCAGAUACAUUUAACUCAUGGUAUUUGGUAGCAGAAUUACAUGUAUGGAUGAUAAUGUAUAGGUUAGCAAAAGAAGGAGAGGAAGGCAGACAUGCAAGGAAUGGUUUAGUCAAAGCUAUGUGGUCAGAUGUGGAUGUACGAAGUAGAAAUAUAAAGGAACAUGGUAUGGCAGGAAGAAAACAAGCUUUAUAUAAACUCAACGACCAUUUCUAUACAGCUUUGUUGACAUAUGAAGAGGGAAUCAUGGGAACUGACAAAGAAUUGGCUAGUGCAGUAUGGAACAUGUUGUACAGUAAGAAAGAUAUAGAUCCUGAAAAGUUAUUACAGUGUAUAGGAUAUAUAAGAAAACAGAUUAAAUAUCUAGAAGAGGAAAAUAGUAGCAGCCACAUAUUGGGAUCGGGAAUGAUAAAACUUCUGCCUUUUGAAGAACAAUGAGAUUAUUCAAGGCAAGAUACCUAAGUUCAAGGACUAGACAUCCAGACAAUUGUUACCUUUCCUCAGUGGAAUACAGACUUAAGGAUGUUGUUGUUUAAAAAAAAAACCCACAAUUUUACCUCUUUUUCAGUAGACAGUAUAUCACUAUUGUGAAAAAAUAAAGAUACAUAGAUUU